AUGCGGGGACUUCCAGCAUCGGCGGAGUGCAAAUGGGUGUACGCUACCCGCAGCGACCCCGCGCCUCUGGCGAGAGAACGCCGACCCUUGAAAACUGCAGGCUUCGGAAUUGCCUGCGAAACCCCUUCCGCAGAGAUCGAAGCCAAUUUCUCAUUCCGUCGCCUCUUCUCACGACUGUCACCCGGCAUAAAACCUCCCUUGUCCGCGCGCGUUAAAACUGUAUUCGCCUUUUUUAGUGGCCUCGUCGGGCCGUGCGGCUGGGCUCGGCUGGGCACCGCGCCGGCCCGCGUCGCGCUGCGCUGCGUCGAGCGGGGAGUUGGAGAGACGGCGAAGGAGACUGAAUUGAUGGUGGAGGAAGGGGAAUGUUAUCAAACCCGAUGUGCCCUAGAAAAACAGGUGAUCAAGAAGUACAACAUAUCUAAAGACGAUUAUCACGUCAUGGAGUUGGUGGUCCUGAAGGCAGAGCCUCAUAAGGCGGGCCACCAGUGGAAAUUUGCGGGCGCGUUCUACUACGCGACCACUGUGCUGACGACCAUUGGUGGCCGUGCGACGCCGUCGGCAAACAAAGCUCCACAAAAUCUGCCGGCGCCCCGCGCGGCCACGUUCAGCCGCCUGGGCCAUCCCCCGGGCGUGCGCCGCCGCGCCGCACCGCGGUUCAUUGCCCCGCGCCACCCCGCCCCCGCCCCACUCCGCCGCGCCUUACGCCCGCCUCCGCACGCCACCGCGCCCACACUACGCACCACCGCCCGCGCUCCAUCGCCACCUCGCCACGCCGUCCCGCCACCUCUCCACCCGCCCCACGAGCCGCCCCGCUCGUUCGCGUCCCAACCCCUCGCCGACUCCGCUCCAACGCCGCCAACGCCCCGCGUCAGUAACUCGCCGCCCUUCCCACGUGCCACUCAGACGCCGCCCACGCGCACCCACGCGCUGGCUCAUAAGCGCGCCACAACGCGUCCACAUACGCGUCACACCAACGCGCCACCCAUCCGCACCAACGAGCCACCCACGCACCCACGUCAACCCCGCACCCACCACUACAACCCACCUCAACCUACCUCGAACCCCCCUCCCCCCUCUCACACGCUGCCAUCCCCUUCCCCAUCCCCUUCUCCUAGUAGCUAA